AUGGCGGACUUUCUCAAGAACCUCCUCGGAGGCGCAAAGUCGGUCGUCUCGUCUGCCUCAUCCGAUGCCGAUGACUUUGCCGACUUCGCGACCGCUGCCUCCCCCGUCGCGCCGUCGCACGCCGCCUCGUCCUCCUUUGGCGCCGCCACACACACUCCCACUGCCGGCAGCAUGCUCACCAACCUGUUCGGCAACCCGGCCGUCACCAUGAAGGACCGGCCGUACACCAAGUGGUACCGCGUGUGGGAGCGUACGAGCCUGCAGGACUUUUACCAGGAAUUCAUCAUCAUUCCAAUCCUACUCCUCGUCGUCCUGGUCAACCUGUGGGGCAGCUAUACGAACAAGCAGCGCGCCAAGCAGUGGGCGGCCACACAUCUGCCAAUACUGGAAAACGAGUUCGCCAGCGUUGGCUUCUCCGGCGGCAAGUCGGGCUCAGCGAAGGGAGACUUGAAGGCAGGGAGCAUCGACGUUCCGGACAACCUGUUGAGGCAGAGGCAGAAGAACGAGUACUACACCUAUGCUACUGGCCGGCAGAACAUUGCGCAGCUUCAUGUCCAGCUGAGUCUACACAAGCGCUACAACCCCAUCACCUGGAUCGGCGAGACUAUCGUCAGCUUCUUCUUCGACUCCAUGCCAGCGCCUGUUGAGAGGGUGGAGGCCACAGCCUACGCUUUUGACGGCAAGGAGAAGGCUCUGGUCGCAGGGGCUGAAGGUGGACUCAAGGACAGCUCCUACGAUGGCUUCGUCUUUGCAGUCGUCCACAAGGACAAGAUGCAGCAAUUGCGCGACGAUCGAUACGAUCUGAGCUUGACCGCAACGCGAGAUCAUGCUAAGCUGCCAGAGUGGGCUACCAUCAUGAGUGAGAGCGCUGAGAUCACCGAGGCACUUCUGACGCCUGAGCUGCUGAAGGCCGUCGAAGAGACUGGUGAGGAUCUGGAGGCAUUGAUCAUUAGCGACCAGCCCAUCGAUUCGCCCAAGAAACUCAACGAUACUGUGCCAGUCAAACGCGUCUCCCUCUCUACGAAACUCAACACCCGCCCCUCCUCCACCGCCCUCUUCUCCUACUUCCUCCGCCUCCCCGACUUCCUCGUCUCCAACGCUCACUUCCGUCCCGAAGCCAUGCGCCGCAUCCGUGCCACGCGCGAGGAAGAGGCGCGCAAGAUCCGCAAAGCCGACGAGGACGAGAAGGCGGAAGAGCGACGGACGGCUUCGGACAAGGCGAAGAAGGACGAGCGCGAACGCCGGCUGAAGAACAUGACGGCCGAGGAGCAGCGCAAAUUCUUGGACCGCGAGAAGAAGGAUGAGCAGAAGAAGGGGCAAAAGAAGCGGACGAUGAAGGCGUAG